ACCGAUCCGGCAGGGUCAGGGAUCGUUCGCUGUGCCCCCGCGCUACCCCAGGGUCUGGCCCGGGCUCUCAGGCUGCACAUACCGCGUAUGAAGAGAGAAGCUGACUCCCUGACCUGAGGAGCCUUGGCACGAAGAUGAGCGCCGUCAACUCACUGGAUGAUGAAGACACCUUUAAAAUACUUGUUGCUACUGAUAUUCACCUUGGUUAUUUGGAGAAAGAUCCAGUUCGUGGAAACGAUACGUUUGUAACUUUUAAUGAAAUUCUGGACCAUGCCCAAAAAAAUGAAGUGGACUUUGUUUUAUUAGGUGGGGACCUUUUUCAUGACAACAAACCUUCCAGAAAAACAGUGCACUCUUGUUUGGAGUCGCUAAGAAAAUACUGCAUGGGUGAACGUCCUGUUCAGUUUGAAAUUUUGAGUGAUCAGGCAGUUAAUUUUCAUUACAGCAAAUUUCCAUGGGUGAAUUAUCAGGAUGAAAAUCUCAACAUUUCUAUUCCAGUUUUUAGUAUUCAUGGCAAUCAUGAUGAUCCCACAGGGGCAGAUGCACUGUGUGCAUUGGAUAUUUUAAGCUGUGCAGGAUUGCUGAAUCACUUUGGACGUUCAACUUCUGUGGAGAAAAUAGAUAUUAGUCCCAUUUUACUGCGUAAGGGUAGAACAAAAAUUGCUCUGUAUGGCUUGGGAGCUAUUCCAGAUGAGAGAUUGUAUCGUAUGUUUGUCAAUAAACAAGUAACCAUGCUGAGACCAAAAGAAGAUGAAGAUAGUUGGUUUAACUUGUUUGUGAUUCAUCAAAAUAGGAACAAACAUGGAGCUACCAACUACAUUCCAGAGCAGUUUUUAGAUGACUUUAUUAAUCUUGUGGUGUGGGGUCAUGAACAUGAGUGCAAAAUAGCUCCAUUCCAAAAUGAACAACAACGUUUUUAUGUUUCUCAGCCAGGAAGUUCAGUGGUGACAUCUCUGUCUCCCGGAGAAGCUGUGAAGAAACACAUUGGUUUGCUGCAUGUUAAAGGGAAAAGUAUGAAAAUGCAGAAGAUUGCUCUAGAGACAGUGCGAACUUUCCACAUAGAGGAUAUUGUUCUAGCUGAUCAUCCAGAUCUUUUUAAUCCUGACAAUCCUAAUGUUACUCAGGCAAUACAAGCAUUCUGCAUGGAAAAGGUUGAAUUGAUGCUGGACAACGCAGAAAGAGAACGCUUGGGAAAUCCACGCCAGCCAGAGAAACCUCUCAUAAGAUUACGAGUUGAUUAUGCAGGUGGCUUUGAACCAUUCAGUGUCCAUCGCUUUAGCCAGAAGUACAUACAUAGGGUGGCUAACCCAAAAGACAUCAUACACUUUUUCAGGCGUCGUGAACAAAAAGAGAAAAACGACAUUGAUCUGAACUUUGGAAAAUGGGUUAGCAGACCUGCUGAGGGGACAACACUGAGGGUGGAAGACCUAGUAAAGCAGUAUUUCCAGACAGCGGAGAAGAAAGUACAGCUUUCACUUCUGACCGAAAGAGGAAUGGGAGAAGCAGUGCAGGAAUUUGUGGACAAAGAGGAAAAAGACGCCAUAGAAGAACUGGUGAAAUUUCAACUAGAAAAAACACAGAAGUUUCUUAGGGAGCGUCGCACUGAUGCAGAGGAAGAGAAAAUAGAUGAGGAGGUGCGAAAAUUUAGGGAGACUAGAAAAAAGAAUACUGAAGAAGAGGAUAAGGAAGUCCGUGAGGCAAUGACCAGGGCUAGAGCCCACAGAUCUGAAGAUGCAGGUCUUGUUGCGGCCUCCAGUGAUGAAGAUUCCAUGGACAUGGAGAUGGUAGGCAUUGCUGAUCCAAGUGAAGGCCUUUCUGCAACACUAAGCCGAGGAAGGGGUCGGGCAAGAGGUAGGGCAAGAGGUGCAAAAGGACAAAACUCAACAGCAAGAGGUUUAUCUCGAAGGGGAAGAGGAAGCACUAGCCAAGAGUCAGCUUCUAGCAGCAGAACCUACAAGCCUGUAUCUGUGCCUGCCAAGCAUACCAUCAUUGAUGCCUUUAAGCCUCUGAAACCAAACUCCUCCUUGAAUGCAUCUCAGGUUUACUCUGAGGAUAUUAUAGAUGUUGACUCUGAUCCAGAAGACACUUCUUUUGUUCCUUCUUCCAAAGUAAAUCAAAGGUUGUCAACUACAUCUUCACUUAGUAAAAGAGGUUCACAAAGCCAAACAUCUAGAGGAGUUGAUUUUGAGUCAGAUGAGGAUGAUGCGUUCAUGAGCCCUGUAAUAUCAAGAAGAACUAAGUGACUUCUGGUUUACUAUGCAAGAGAGACUGUGGAAGCUGGUGAAGAAAAUGGAAAGCAGUUUGCAAAGCAUUCUUUAUAUGAUAUUGCUCUGUAAAUGAUGGCUUGCCUUCAAUUUUCACUUCUGUGAAAUGGUUUGGGAUUUUUUUUUUCCAGCGGCACCAGAUUUGGUAUAAUUUAUGUGUUAACGUUGCUUAAUGCAUUAGACUAGAGGGUCUAAUAUUCUGAAGUGCUGCCUGAAACUGCAAGUUCUUUCUAAAACAUGAAACCCUGUUUUCUUUCUGGGAUGAUAAUAAAAUUAACGGUUAUAUCUUUUGUAGAAAACUCCAUCUCUUUGGUUUGAAUUUUGCAGAUAAGUAAAUUUACAGUUGUUUUAAAGUAUGAAUAUGGACACAGACUGAGUCAGCAUGGUGGAACUUCUACUUAUUUGCAAUUUGCUACGGAUACAGUUGAAAACUCUGAGAAGUACUAGUUGGACACAAAAAUACAGUUUUCAGUAUUGAAACUGGAAAACAUCCUAAUGCUUUCAACUUUACUAGGAGAACUAAACCCAGUAUUGCACUGUUGUUAGUCAUAGUAUGUGGGAAUGAAUUCUUCCCUGUAGUUCAAGAAGUACCAAAGAGGACUAUAUUCUAAUGUUACACACACAUCCUAGCAAAGAUUUUAGUAAAGUAUAGAUGAUUAA